GUCCAAACAUUAUUUUGUGUCUUUAAACUUGGCUUACAAGAACUAUUACUAAAAUAAAAAGCAGCGAGACAUAUUUUAAAGUGUAUAAGUUUAUUAAAUAUUUUGUGCCAAAAACCAUUUUGUAAUAAAUUGUCAUAGCGAUUUAAAAAAUCAUAAAGCCAACAUGAACUUCUCCUGGCUCACCAUCUUUAUCCUGGCCAUCAUCGCCGUGGCUGUUUCGGCCAAGAACUGCCCAAUUCCGUUCAAGAAGGAAGGAAGGGACUGCACCGCAAAGCGCACCAUUCGCGGAGAAUGCCCACCUGGAUCCCAAUACAGACCCAAUGUUAACCUGUGUGUUUACAACCACUAAACUAAAUCAAAAUAAAACCAAUUCAGACAAAGUGA